AUGAGCUGCAGCAGUGUUGAAGGAUCAGAGUUCUCUGAAGAAGAGCUGGAACUUGGCGUGUUGGGCCAAGAGGAGGACGAGGGAAGUCUCAAGGAAUCUUUCCAAGACAGCGAGAGCUCGACCGGCAGCCCAAGCGACCUAGAGGAAGGCCAGACCAAGAAGCGUAAUCGACCAGUCCGCUCAAAAGCUCGAAGAAUGGCCGCCAACGUCCGUGAACGAAAACGCAUCAUGGACUACAACCAGGCGUUCAAUGCCCUACGUGUUGCUCUGAACCAUGACCUCAGCGGCAAGCGGCUCUCCAAGAUUGCAACACUACAAAGGGCCAUCAACCGCAUCUCUGCUCUUUCAGUUUUCUUGAACUCCAACCCCCCGAGCAAGCCCUGCAUCCACCGGGAGUGCAACAGAUCAUCUGCAGAGCCAACUGCGAUGGGAGCAUCUCGACUUGAGCAGACCAGGGUAACGGUUCCUCGUCUGGAGCAUCAGAGUUACGUCCCCUGGCACGCAUCCAUCUCUCACCAGAUGCAGCCUCAACAAGGGCCUCAUGUGCACAGGCUGCCCAUGGAGCCUCACGUCUACAUGGAUAACACUGCGUCAUCAUGUCCCCCGUCACCACACUACCCUUGUUAUCCCACUGAGGGACAGCUUUAUACCUCAUAUGGACACUGCGGCAGCCCCCACGACCAUCCGACGAGCCCUCUGCGAUACCCUCAGGUGGGCGAGGGGUUGGGGUACCAGCCGGGCAUGUGGGCCUCCUGCACUCAGAAAUACAUGGACACUUUUGUGGAGCCCACUCCAGCUCUGGGGCUUCCCUGGCAGGUGAGCUACCUGCAGGAGCCGGAGCACAGCCUCUCUAUGGGCUCUGACAUACUAUAA